AAUUGAGAGUAUAAUAAUAAUAAUAGCUUAUUUGUUACAGAUAAAAACAUUUGUAUGGAAAGAAAGCUGAGACAUCGAAGAUUUUAAGAUGAAAUCCCUGUGGACGGUUCAUUUCGCCUUUGCUCUUUGCCUGACGCAAAAACUGAGAGCCCAGUUUAUUGAGCCCGAUUGCGGAACUACCAUCGCUCUUCCACCCACAUAUAGAAUCCUUGGAGGUAGAAAUGCAGACCUAGGAUCUAAUCCGUGGAUCGCCUACUUGCACAUAAACUCGGCUUUAGUUUGUGCAGGCACACUAAUCACAAGAAGAUUUGUACUUACCGCAGCGCACUGCAUGGACCAGUACUAUUUGUUAACGGUUCGCCUUGGGGAAUACGACACAACUACACGCAUAGAUUGCACAUCCGAGUUCUGUAUUCCAACGUAUGAGGAGUACACCGUUGCGGCUGCCCACGUGCAUAACUUAUAUGAAAGAAGACUAGAUGGUCGCAACGACAUAGGAUUGCUUAAACUUAAUGGAAUCGUCCUUUAUACAAAGUUCAUCCGACCAGUUUGUCUGUUCCAAAAUCCAGGCCAAGUUCCCAAUACAUCCACCUACGAGGCCACUGGAUGGGGUAAGACUGAUCUGAUCAACACCGCCACAGUUCUGCAAACAGUGAACCUGAACAGGCUCGACCAAGCCGAGUGUCAGCAAUCCCUGCGCACUUCCCUUGCACACGGUCAGUUCUGCGCGGGACAAUCGCGAGCGGACACCUGUAGCGGUGACUCCGGCGGUCCGCUGCUAAGGAAAAUGUCCAAUGGUCAAGUGACCCGCACCGUUCAGUUAGGAAUCGUUAGCUAUGGUCACCACUUGUGUCGCGGCCCAGGAGUCUACACAGACGUUCCAAGUUUUACGAGGUGGAUACAGCAUAUUAUUCGCUGGCACUCAAACUGA